AUGGAUAAUAUGGAAGUUCUCAACAACGAUGCACGUAAACUUAUGUCUCGUUCACGAACAAGAGUAGCUGCAUACCGUGCUCUCAAUAAAACAAAUAAUAGUGCAUUAUAUUUACUUAUAUCAUCUAUUUCCAAUUUAAUUGUAAUUCUUUAUCCAUUAUUAACUCGAAUUAUAUUUGAUGGUCAUAAUUAUUUAGUAUCACCAAAUCAAGUUUUUAUAUUAUGUAAAUUACGAUAUUUUGUUUUACACAUAUUCGAUUCAAUAUCGUUAACAUAUGUUUGCAUGGCUACAUUUGAUCAAUAUUUAAUAACAUCACGAGAUGUUCAUAUACGUCGUAUGAGUACGACAAGGCAGAAAACAAAACAAAUUAUUUUAGGUAUUUUUAUUGUGUUUAGUUUACAUAAUAUACCCAUUGCUGUUUAUUAUCAAGUUUCAAAUACUGGUCAGUGUGAGAUAACUACAAGUAUAUAUUCAUAUUAUUAUUUAUAUGUUUGUCAAAUAUUACUUCAUGGUGUUAUACCUAUUAUAUUUCUUUUUAUAUUUGGCUCAUUAACAUUAAAACAUAUGAAAAAUCUUCGAAGUCAAACACGUGCUUAUGGUCAUUCAAAUUAUGACAAACAAUUAGCUCAUAUGCUUCUCUUAAUGUCAUUUGCAAUCAUAAUAUCAUCCAUUCCAUAUUGUAUUACACAAGUUUAUUAUGCAAUGUUUUCUGGUAGCAAUGCGCAGCAAUCAUCUUUAAUGUUUCUUUUACAAGUUAUUUCUUUAAUUUUGUUUUACACAAAUCCAGUAUCAAGUUUUUAUGUAUAUUUUAUUUCAACAAAAAAAUUUCGUCAUCAAAUACAAAAAUUAAUUCGAUGUAAUAAAUGUAAUCAUUUUAUUGUUCAUAACCAAAUACAUACAAUAACAGCUACAAAUCGUUUUCAUUAA